UGCUGCCUCGGGUAACGUCACAAAUGCGACACAGGCCGCCAAUUACAAGUGGAUGGAAAAAAUCCGUGAACGAAACAACCACUACCAAGCAGAAGAAAGAGCCGCGUAUUCGGAGACCCAUGAACGCGUUCAUGGUAUGGGCAAAAGACGAGCGCAAACGACUCGCCGAUCAAAACCCCGAUCUCCACAAUGCCGAUCUGAGCAAAAUGCUCGGUAAAGCUUGGCGCAAUCUCAGUUUGGUCCAGAAAAGACCGUUUGUGGAGGAGGCCGAACGAUUGCGCGUGCAACAUAUGACGGACCACCCGGACUACAAAUACCGCCCAAGACGUAGAAACAAGCAACCUAAACGAGUUUGCAAACGCGUGGAACCGGGACGAUUUCUGCCAUCACUUGGCGACCUGACUGCCCCGGCGAAUACCGAUCUGGGAGCGACGCCACAGACGCCGUCCACACCGGGAAUCCCAUCUUCGUCUCCCCCUACGCCGAAUGUUAGCUCCCUUCACACUCCAGAUGUAUCACCGCGUACAUCGCCAACUCCUGACCAGAAUCGUUUGAAAUUAACGAUCGGCGGUGAAACUGCUGCAACUUUGAAAACAACCAGUAUCCUUUCCAACCUAUUUGAGAAAACGACCACGGCAAAUACGGCAAAUGUCGAUCCACUGGCCGCCAUGAACUUACCAACACCGGUCAUGUCGCCACUCAACACAGUUGAAACGGACAAUAACAUUUUCACUUUCCCGACAACUUUUGACGAGCUUGCCUGCAUGCCGGAGCCGAUGACGCUGACGCCACACCAGCAGCAACUUGCGAAUACAACAAACAUUGCCAACUCUGUUUUUACGACUUACGCCACCACUCACCCUGCAAGCGCUAGUACGAACAGCCUUAGCAGCAUGAACGGAACCCAGCACCUGAGUACUCUUCGGGCCUUGGUUGCUAGCCCUCAUCCGCUGUCGUCAACUUUGUUCAAUAACAGCAGCCUUAACCCUCUUCAAAUAACGCCACCAAUGCUCCCUGCGUCUACGAUCACCGGAAGUAUUCCGACAACUCCCAUCACCAUGGACACGAAUGUCAAUUUCCCAAUAAAAAACGAACCUCUUUCAUGUCAAACAAGUCUUCCAGGUGAAAUUGACAUGACACCCCCUCUCAUAUCUCCCAGUGACCUUUUGAACAAUAAUAUGGUCAAACAAGAAAAUACGUCACUUCAAGACGAAAUUACGAACCAGAUCAUUAUGACUGACAAUGGAAAUAUGAACAUCUCGCAGACGACCAUAGAUAGCGUUAUCUCCGCUUUUGAGCAGUUCACGGAUGCGGAGUUGCUAGGCGACGUUGACCGGGAUGAGUUCGAUAUGUAUCUUAAUACCCAGCAACCUAACUUUGAAAGCACGUUGAUAUCGGUGCUGGCUGACGCCAGCGCGUCUAUGUACUAUAUGAACUGAAUCCAGUCGAGCUUUUUGUCAUGAAUGAACUCGUAUCCGAGGCUGUGUAUAUUUACUGCGAGUCCUCUUCCCGAAUUGGCGUAGCUUCGAUCAACUACCGGGAAAAACAUCAACGGUGCAGCUUUAUUCGAGCGCCACCACGAAAGACAUUAUUCAACAUAUUUACCACUGUUUAGAACCAUUGUUUGAAAUACGCAUGCGCAUUUCCAACUUCACUUAAUUUUGUCUAUAUAUUUUAUUGUUUAACAAUUUACACCAAAUCGUUUAUAUUAAAAGUAAUUUUUAAAAAUUGUUUAAAAAAAAAUGCAAGCAUGCAUGUUGAUUUAGCUUCACUGCAUACAAUUUACAAAGAUAGAGGGCCCAUAUUAGGCAGCGACAUUCCAUAAAAUCAUGAUUUCCCUGAAACAUAGUGCUGCUUCAAUAGACACAUAUUCGUUUUUUCAGUACUUUCAACUAUUAUAAAGCAACAGUAUCUAACAUUGUUUGUCAAUGGUACAAGUUUGUUGCCAGAAUCAUUUCAUUGUAAAUAAUUACACUUGAAAAUCACAUUUUUAAGAUUUACUCCGAUAUUUUGUUAGACGAAGAUUGGGUUGGAAACACUUGGCUGCCAUCUUGUUAAGUAUGUUUGAUUAUUGACUGUUGAUCUCUGCGCACUGCUCUGUGUGCACUGCUCGUGCGCAAUAAAAGCUGCGCAGUGUUGCGUUUUAGUCGGAAGAGGUUAUGAAGUUCGUGAAAAUUUGUUCCAAGUGCAACGAGAAGUGUUUGAGACAAUAGGCUCAGUGUAUACGUACUUUUUAGUUAUUAUUACAAUAUGCCUUGCACUAACGUUCUUUAAAACAUAAUGACUAUUACGAGUAUUGUUACGAGUGUGGCCUUAGUAAAACCGAACUCUCGCUCAAAAAAACAAUGGUUGUCAUGUCAAUUUUGGCUGUGACUAUACAUGGGAAAGAAAAAUCAAUGACAAGGUCUCGCGCAUCGCGAGAUAUUGCGAGAACGGAAACUUCCUGAUACAUUCCGCCAUUUUGAAUUAUAACAAAUAACGCAACAAAUAUUUUAGCUUUGGAGAAAACCUAUUAGAGAAAUAUCUUUUCAAGAGUUUAUAUUGUUUUAUAUGUGUUUAUUAAAAGUGUUUUAAGUGUGAAGAACGGAGAAGAAAAGAUUGUUAUUUUGAUUUUAAAAGAAUGUACAUGAUCGUCUAAAAUACGGUGCUGGACACAAUAGAUUGUUAUGCAAAAAAACUUAUUAAAGUUAUUUUAAAUU